GAUAGGAAGUCUGUUUAUUUGCGCGUUGUAGGUUUAAAAGCAUCUAUAGAAUUUCAGUCAAAAAUAAAAAAAAUCCCUUAUUUUUAUAUUUUCAGAAUAAUCAGUUUCUAAUUUAACCUCUACUAAACAUAAAAUUGAUUAAAUUUCCUGACGCUUAAAGCUCUUUGUUGAACAAGUAAGAGAUGAUUUUAACAAGAAUUUCUUAUUAAAAUAUUUAGCUUUUACUUUCACACCGAAAGCAAAUUUUUUUACAUUUCCAAUUGGAACGAAUGAGGCAAAAUUGCUGCUAAAAGCUUCAACUCUUGAAGUAAUGACAGCUUUAAAUAAAUAAGUGUGAGUAGUUAACGUAUACGCCGUUGGAUGUGGAGGACGACAAGAUAGAGCUAAGAAAAGCUAAAUUUUAUCCCAUCCUACUUCUGCCAGCUUUUCAGGACAGACACACCCGCAAGUAACCGAAGUUGUAUACGGACUUUGCAUAGAAGUUAAGAUAUUCCUUGUCUAAUUUCAACUAAAAAUUAGCAAUGAAUAAACCUGGAACUUCACAAGCUAGAAAGGAUCCUAAAAUAUUUGGACGGAAACGUUCAGCUUCUAUUCCAGCUAGUUCUCCAGAAGCUUUAUUAUUAUUUCCAGUUCUGGCCCCAGAAAAAUCCCUCUCCUCCAAUAGUCCGACCAGCCAUGAGACUUCCAUUCUCCGAAGUGUAGCUCCCAAUCACGAUGCAAGGGCAAACAACAUGGGAUUGUUAACUAACCCUGAUGCUACUGCUUCGUACAGAACAGACUAUCACAUUCACUUUCAUGAAGACGACAUUCCUGAAGAUUUUCCCACAUCACCUGAAACUUUACCAAGAAAGGCAGUGGACUCAAAUGUCCUGAAUGACCACUCUUUUCAGUUCGCCUCACGCCACGAUAGGUCUCUGUCUUUCCGUAACACACAGCCUCAAACAGAGGAAGAGAAUGGGUUUCGCCGUCGUGGAGCCACAAUGCCAACGGACAGUUUCCAUCAAUUUCGAGAGCGUCGGAGACAGAGAUUUCUCGCUGGAACCAGAGAGCGAAGCCUUAGUCCUAAUUUCUCACCUUUAGAUCACCAAGAAGACGACACAUACAGGCUGAGAAACUUCACGAUUACUUCAAAGGGUAAUGUGAUUAAUCGUGGAGAUCUGCUGAAACAUCGGUCUCGCAGCAACCUAAGCGUUGCCUCCACCACUAGCCUUAAUUGCCAGUCGUGUGCUUCUACGGGCACCUCCGGCUCUUCCAGUUGGGCUUCUCCGUAUAAAAUUCUAAUGUUAGGUGACGUAGGUGUUGGGAAAAGUACACUUGUUACCCAGUUCAUGUCUUCAGAGUAUAGCAACUCUUCUCAAGAUGAAGUCUUGGAGAAACCUGUCUCAGUACUACUAGACGGUGAGGAGUAUGAGUUGAUAUUUAUUGACCAUCCCAUUAGGGCUGACAUAAUGGAUCCCGACGAUGAAGUUGCCUCGUCUGCUGAUGCUUACGUAGUAGUGUACUCUGUGGCCGACAGGGAUACUUUUGAAAAGGCCAUUGACAUCCUUUUCUGCCUCCGAGAACGAGGCUAUACAGCAACACAAGCUGUAAUUCUGGUAGCCAACAAAACAGACAUGGUUAGGUCGAGAGAUGUCACUAGAGAAGAAGGUAGAACAGUGGCCAUAUCGUAUGAAUGUAAAUACAGUGAAACAUCAGCUCUCAUAAACCACAAGGUUGACGACCUGCUCGUGGGAAUUGUAAGCCAGAUUCGACUGAAAACUCAGCAAUUAUCGGACAUGGGUCACAUGUCACCCACCACAAGAGUGAAAAAACAUAAAAGUAAAGGUUAUUUACAUUGUCCGAGUGGACAUCGAGCUAGAGGCUUGUUUAAUAAACUUUUCGGAAAAGGAAAUUACAAAUCAAAAUCUUGUGAUAAUUUGCAGGUAUUAUAAAAUAAUUUCCACUUACAUUUGGAUUUGAUCGCAAGAAUUUGAAAAAUAAACUAAAGUUUCGAGAUUCACAUUUAGACCAUAACAUACCUAAACGUUAUUAGAUGUUUUAAUAAGUAUCUUGAAAAUAUCUUAAUAUAUCUUUUAUUAGAGUUCCUAUUUUCUGAACACUCACAUAUCAUUAAGUUAUACAUGUACGUAUUUAAAAAAAAUUACUCAGUUCAUCAAGAGUGAUCCAGAAAUUUCUUAUGUUUACUCCUGUAAGGAUUUAUAUAGAUAUAAUCUGUUUACUUAUAUAUACGAUUACUUACGCUAUAUAAUAAUAAAAAAA